GCCGCGGGGCGCUCCGCGGCUCGGCCCUGCUCUCCGAAGGCGCAGCGACGUCGCGGACCCGUCUCCCCGGCCGAGGCUGCCCAGCUUGCAAGCCCAGCUGCCUGGCAGGGCGAAAGAGAGACACUCUUAAACGCCAAAGAACCCCCAGCCUCUGCUCCUGCCUGGUUUUAUUUUAUCUUCUGUAAUUAUUUCGGGAAAAAAAAAAUAGCCAAAAAAUACAUCGCCGUGUUUUUAGGAAUUCGUGCCGCGUGUGCAGUUGUUUCCAGCACAUCCUUGAUAAACAAAGGAAAAGAGGAAAGGGGCCCGCGUUCUGCAGAAGACAUGCGUUCCAUCAGGAAGAGGUGGACUGUGUGCACGAUAAGUCUCCUCCUCAUCUUCUAUAAGACGAAGGAAAUAACACGGACCGAGGAGCGACAGGAGGCAGCUCUCGCCGGAGAUGGUGAACUGAGUUUGAGUAGAGCAAUGAUCAAUAGCUCCGGUAAGAUAAUUAGAAAGGGUGGCUCCUCAAUCUUCCAACAUGCUGCAGAAGGCUGGAAAAUCAAUUCUUCUUUGGUAAUGGAAAUAAGGAAGAACAUUCUUCAGUUCUUGGAUGCUGAAAGAGAUGUCUCAGUGGUCAAAAGUAGCUUCAAGCCUGGAGAUGUAAUUCAUUAUGUACUGGACAGACGUCGCACUCUAAACAUUUCUCAGGAUUUGCACAGCCUUCUCCCUGAAGUUUCUCCAAUGAAAAAUCGCCGAUUUAAAACCUGUGCGGUAGUUGGGAAUUCUGGCGUCCUUCUAAAGAGUGGUUGCGGAAAAGAGAUUGACAGCCAUGACUUUGUAAUAAGGUGCAAUCUAGCUCCUGUGGUGGAGUAUGCUGCCGAUGUGGGAACUAAAUCUGAUUUUAUUACCAUGAACCCAUCAGUUGUACAAAGAGCAUUUGGAGGCUUUCGGAAUGAGAGUGACAGAGAAAAAUUUGUGCAUAGACUAUCCAUGCUGAAUGACAGUGUCCUUUGGAUCCCAGCUUUCAUGGUCAAAGGUGGAGAGAAGCAUGUGGAGUGGGUUAAUGCAUUAAUCCUUAAGAAUAAAUUGAAAGUGCGAACUGCCUAUCCAUCACUGAGACUUAUUCAUGCUGUCAGAGGCUAUUGGCUGACAAACAAGGUCCACAUUAAACGACCCAGCACUGGUCUUCUCAUGUAUACACUUGCCACCAGAUUUUGUGAUGAAAUUUACCUGUACGGAUUUUGGCCAUUCCCAAAGGAUUUACAUGGAAAACCAGUCAAGUAUCACUAUUAUGAUGAUCUGAAGUAUCGGUACUUUUCUAAUGCCAGUCCUCAUAGGAUGCCAUUAGAGUUUAAAACAUUGUAUGUAUUACAUAAUAGAGGAGCACUUAAAUUAACAACAGGGAAAUGCAUACAGCAAUAAAGCACAAGUAUUGUACAAUAAACACAGAAUACAGACCUCAUCAUAAAGUUGUUGUGAAAUGGCAAUGGGACCACAGUGGGGCUUUGUUUCAAUACCCACUAAGUCAUUGGAGGAACGUUUUACAUCAGAAGUACAUAACCAGCUAUUAUACCUGUGAAGUGCUAUAUAACUAAGCUAUCUUGACUGCAAGGGUUCAAGUGCCACUUUCACUAAGAACAGAGCUUGAAUGUAUGCUCAGUAGUGUCUACAGGAUGCAAUGACACAUUCAUCACGAAUUGAAGAAGAAAAAGAGCCUGCCAAUUCGCAGCUGUGGUCAGACAGCCUACAUAAGAAUACUCAGUAGAUGGAAUAUUUACAUGAGUAAAUAAAUCAGGCUUUGGCAGAAAAUAUCACGAUGGACUUGAGUAGAGAAAGUGAAGUCUGUAAAAUCAAAAAAAUCAGUAAAUGCCUUCAGUCAGAGAACUGCUUCUGAUAUUGUAUUAUAACCUCAGCUUUUGUUGCUGUUUUUCUUAUUGCCAUUGGUUGGGUUUUGUUGCUUUUAAGUUUUGGAGCCCUGACAAGAUAUCAAGGAUAUUAUGAGUAAUUAAAUUUUUUAUCUUAUGGAAUUGUCUUAAGGAAAAAAAAGAUUUGUAAGCAUGGGAGAGUGGAGUGGAACAAAAUAUUUUAUCAAGUGUUAUAGUCUUGCAUCCUGCUGUCACACAGUCCUUAACAUACCAAUUGUUUUUCUAGCUACUGUUGUCAGUAUCCAUUACAUGAAACCACACAGAUACCAUUUUGAUCUGACUUAAAAGUUUUUCUCUUCUAUAUAGAUUUGAAGAAAUGCAAGAGGGUGCCCUUGUUUUCAGUGCCAAAGAUUACUUUUAUACACAUUUUUAUCUUAUCUUGGAGAAAAAUGGUGUGGAUUUAUGUUUCUUUGCUGCUUAAAGGAACAUAUUCUUUGUUAUUUAUAUUUUUGAAGCAUCUCAAAUCAAAGCCUCUUUACAGACUUCACAUAUAGUAUUCUUCAGAAAAAUCUGCACAAGUAAAGAAAUUACUUCAUGCAUUCAAGUAUAUACAUAUAUAUAUAUACAAGUCUUAUUCUUGGUGGAAAGAAAAAGUCUAAAGAAACUCAGGUGACAGUGGAACUAAAGGGAAAGAAAAUACCUAGCCAAUUAAUGGAAAAAAAUGUAGCUCAUACAGUUCUUUUAAACUUCUAAUGCUGUUAAAUUAUCUCUUUAUUUAAUAUACCUCUUGUAUUAUCUAGAUGUUCUGAUAUGUAACUGACUGAAAUAACACAUUAUCUCACGGCUGGUUUUUUGAUCAUCAGUCUUGUUCAUAAAAAAAAA